AUGACAGAAUCAGCCGACGCAGACGCUGCCGCCGCCAGGGCAUCAGAGCAGGCCCGCUUACGCAAGGAGCGUCGCGAGGCCAAGAUCAAGGCCGGCGGCAGCGCGCGUCUGAACAGGAUCACCGGCCUCGGCGGUGGAUUUCAGCGCGACCCCAUCCCGACAGCAACAGCGUCAGGAACAGACGCCACCACCGCCUCCCCCACGCCAGCAGCAGCAGCACCGACGGCAGACCACGCCGACCCGGACGAGGUCGACAUAUCCAGCCAGCACUUCCCUUCGCCUAGACGGCAGCAGCAACAACAACAGCCCUCUUCGGAAAUGUCAGAAGCCCAGCUCCGCCAGCUGAUGCUAGGCAUGGACGUGGGGCGCGGCGACGGCUCCCCAGCGCCGCCGAACCCAUUCGCCGCGAACCCCUUCCUCAACCCCGGCGUGGGCGGCGGCCAGCCAGGCGGUCCCGAAGACCCCAUGCUCAGGAUGCUCCAGCAGAUGAUGGGCGGGCAGAUGCCCGGCAGCGCGGGCGCAUUCCCCGGCAUGCCGGGCGCCGCCCCACAGCAGCAGCAGCAACAACAACCACCACCACUGGACACCUACUCCGCCGCGUGGCGCAUCCUGCACCUCGUCGUCGCGCUGGGGCUGGGCCUGUACAUCGCGCUGACCGGCUCGUUCGUGGGGACGCUCGAGGCGCGGGACGCGGCACGCUUGGCGUCCGACGCCGGCAUGUCGUCGGCGACGGACCUGGACGGCCAGAGCAGGGACAGCCGGGCGCGCUUCUUUUACAUGUUCGCCACGGCCGAGGCGGUGCUGCUGACGUCGCGCUUCUUCCUCGACCGGACCCGCGCCCUUCCCCCCGGCAUCCUCUGGACCGUCGCCGGCUUCCUGCCCCCGGGCCUGAAGCGCUACCUCGAGACGGCGCUGCGGUACGGCCAGGUGUUCACGACGGUCAGGUCCGACCUGCUGGUGUGCGUCUUUGUGCUGGGGGUUUGUCACUGGUGGAGGACCCAAGGGGGCGUUGGUGUUUGA